ACUGCUUCGUGUUGCAUUCUGGGAAUCAAGCACAGCUUCGGGGAAGAGGUGCAUCUUGGGAGGACUUAUUGAGGAAAAUGGCGACGUCUUUGGGAGCUAACACGUACAACAGGCAGAACUGGGAAGACGCGGACUUCCCGAUCCUUUGCCAGACAUGUCUGGGGGAGAACCCCUACAUCCGCAUGACCAAAGAGAAGUAUGGCAAGGAAUGCAAGAUCUGCGCGCGGCCCUUCACGGUGUUCCGCUGGUGCCCGGGCGUGCGGAUGCGCUUCAAGAAGACCGAGGUGUGCCAGACCUGCAGCAAGAUGAAGAACGUUUGCCAGACUUGUUUGCUGGACCUGGAGUAUGGCCUGCCGAUUCAAGUUCGUGACACAGGGCUGUCAGUCAAAGACGACGUGCCCAAGUCAGACGUGAACAAGGAGUAUUACACUCAGAACAUGGAGAGAGAGCUCCAGAACACGGACGGGACACGGCAGGUGGGUCUCCUGGGGAAGGUUCCGGGCUCCAGCGACAUGCUGCUCAAACUGGCCCGCACCACGCCCUACUACAAGAGGAACCGUCCCCAUAUCUGCUCCUUCUGGGUGAAGGGCGAGUGCAAGAGGGGCGAGGAGUGCCCCUACAGGCACGAGAAGCCCACGGAUCCGGACGACCCUCUGGCGGACCAGAACAUCAAGGACCGCUACUACGGCAUAAACGACCCGGUCGCUGACAAGCUUCUGAAGCGCGCGUCCACCAUGCCCCGCCUGGACCCCCCCGAGGACAAGUCCAUCACCACGCUGUACGUGGGCGGGCUGGGCGACAGCAUCACGGAGACAGACCUCAGGAACCACUUCUACCAGUUUGGGGAGAUCCGCACCACCACCAUCGUGCAGAGGCAGCAGUGCGCCUUCAUCCAGUUCGCCACCCGCCCCUCAGCCGAGCUCGCCGCCGAGAAGUCCUUCAACAAACUCAUCAUCAGCGGCCGCCGGCUGACCGUCAAGUGGGGCCGGUCUCAAGCUGCGCGGGGUAAGGAGAGAGACAGAGACGGGAUCAGCGACAUGGGACUCAAACUGGACCCUGUGCCUGGCCUGCCAGGAGCUCUCCCCCCGCCCCCCGUGUCAGAGGAGGAAGCCCCAGCCAACUACUUCAACCUGGGCCCCAGCACCUCCCCCUCCAUCAUGAACAUCGGCCUGCCCCCCCCACCGGGCGUUGCCCCGCCUCCGCCCCCAGGGUUUGGACCCCCCAUGUUCCACCCCAUGGGCCCUAUGGGUGGCGCCCCUCCCCCUCCCAUGGCCCUGAGACCUCCAGGCCACAUCCACUACCCUUCCCAGGAUCCUCAGCGCAUGGGCGCCCACGCCAGCCGGCACGGCGGGUCCUAACCUGGCGGCUGCGUCUCCGGAUCCCAGCGGGCGUCCAGGGACUGCCCGUUUAUAUUUUAUCCUUCUUUUUUUGUAUCGUAAUAAAAAAACACGAAAACAAACCGCUGUGAAGCAAUGUUGGAAAAUUAGCUGAAAUGUUUUUUUUUUUCCCUAAAUUGAGAGAUUGUUUUUUCUGUUUCGAGUCAGAAAAAUAGCAUAUAAAAGUACCACGGCCCUGCACAGAAAAAGCAUACCUGUGAAAGAAAGUCAUGGAUCCCUACUCGUGCUCACGCUCUCUGGGUAUCAGGAAAUAAUCUCUCUUUUGUAAAAUUGUCUGCCUCCUCAGAAAAGGCUCAUUCAUUGAACACCCCCGUCACACACGUUUCUGUUUUACCAUCAAAGCCAGCGUUUUCAGGAGAAUGGAUAUUCACACCUGAAGUUGUGGCGCUGGUUAAAGAUGAGAAUGUAAACAUCCGCUUCAGAAGAUCACAUCGCCCCCAGGAGCUCGAGUCAGAAUGCAUCUCUCUGCCCUGCCUCUGGGGACCUUUGGUCUUUAGCUUGGCCAGUGGAUUGUCUGCAGUGUGGCUGUAAGACUGAGCUGAGACCUGGAUGCACUCAAAAAGUGAAUUGAGUGCAUCGACUACAGCUUUCACGUUUGGUCUGAGUGAACAGAAACGGCUUUACAGUGCACUCUAUACGUUCACAGCACAGCAACAAAACCGUAAAGGUCAUGUUUCAUUUCUUGGGGGAAGGCAGUCAGAGGAACUAACACACGUGUAUGAUCUGUCUCUGUGUCCAUUUUUACAAAAUAUACGCAUUUCUUUUUUAUGAAGCCACACAUUUUGUCUCAUUGUUAACUGUUUAGUGGUCUUUAUUAAAAGUUCUUACCAUCUUUUAUUUUCCUGUGUUUUCUUUUUUGUUUUUUUGAAAGUUUGUUGCUUGGCCAGAUAGACAUUGUCGUGUUUGUCAUUGAUUUGUGUUAAGGUCGAUUUCUUUGGCUGGAGGACCACAGAUGAUGUUGCCUUGAAUAAAUACUGGGUUUCCAAUGGUUCAAGAAGCCAUGAUGUGGCUUCAUACUUGGGUCACGAGUUGACUGGCCUAUGAACUGCACCACUUGGUUGGCCCUUAAUCGUAUUUUGGACGCAUUUUAAGUACUCCUUUUUUCUUUCUUUUUUUUACAGAUAAGAAAUAAAAUUGUUUUUUAAUCCCAUUAAUUCACAAAUGUUUCUUGUUUACUCUGCACCUGCACCCAACUUUUUGUUUUGUUAAGGCCAGCAUAAAUGGCAUUAGACCAUAAGACAUGCACGGCUGUGCUGUUAACUACUGUAAUAAGGUAAAUUGGAUUAAUUAAAAAAACUAAUGUUUAAUCAAGAUCAUUUCAGCUUCAUGUCCAAUGUAAUCUCCUUUUAAUAUAGAACUAAGAUGUAGCUUUCUUAAUUUAGGGGUGUACUUUUUGUUGGUCUUCCUGUACAGCUAAAAUGGAAGUCCUAUAUUUAAAUCUGCAGCUGUGAUUACCUUCAAUGGCACUGUGAUGUACACAGCAUGUAAAUACACUUUUUAGGCUUUUAUUUGUGUUUAGAGAAUUAUCAAUAUCGUACUGUUUUUUUCCCCCCCUUUGUAGAAUAAAUACAUUUUGUACUUGGA